GCGGACACUCACACAAGUUCUGACUUUCAAGACGAAUCAUCGCCCAGCUCCAGAAAGAAGGAAUAAAGAUAAAGUCUUGAAUUUGGCAAGCUGAACAAGGAAAUUGCCUUUUAAAUUCUACAGUAAAUUGCUGGGAUAGGCUCCAGCAGUCCCGUGACCCUUGUGAGGAUAAGCGACUAAGAAGACAGUUGGAUAAAUUCAAAUUAAACACUUUGCACCAGAAUGUGCGUGGAAGGUGAUGGAUGCGAGCUGGAAGGCUGCAGCAGUUCUGAUGAAGUGCGCACGCUGUCGGGCAGCAUGAGCACCACGCUAAAAUCCAACCCGGACCUCCACGCCUGCAAACCGGGCCAGAAAUUUCGAGCCGCGCUGCUCCGAUGCCGCUCGCCGGCCGUCGCUGCUGGGAUCCUCAGUUUCGGGAACGUCCUCAAUUACAUGGACAGAUGCACAGUAGCCGGCGUCGCGCUUGACAUCCAGAAGCAUUACGAGGUGUCGGACAGCGUAGUUGCCUUGCUGCAAACAGUGUUCAUCUGCAGCUUCAUGGUGGCAGCUCCCAUCUUCGGUUACCUGGGCGACCGCUUCAACAGGAAGGCCAUCCUGAGCUGCGGCAUUUUCUUUUGGUCCACCGUCACGCUUCUGAGUUCCUUCAUCGGCAAAGAGUACUAUUGGCUGUUCAUGCUUUCCCGGGGGUUGGUGGGCAUUGGGGAGUCCAGCUACUCGUCCAUAUCCCCCACCAUCAUAGGAGACCUGUUCACCAAUAACAAGCGCACCAUGAUGCUCUCUUUCUUCUACCUGGCCAUCCCUUUGGGAAGCGGAUUGGGUUACAUCCUGGGCACCAGCGCCAAGGUAGCUGCGGGAGACUGGCACUGGGCACUGAGGGUGUCUCCCGUUUUGGGGAUGACAGCAGCAACCCUGAUCAUGCUCUUCGUGCCUGAGCCAAGGAGAGGAAGCGCCGACCAGAUGGGAGGACGUGUCAAGACCCGCACGCCGUGGCUGUGUGACAUGAAGGCGCUCGCUAAAAAUCGGAGCUACGUGUUCUCGUCCCUGGCGACCGCCGCUGUGUCUUUUGCUACGGGUGCGUUUGCGAUGUGGAUUCCCAUCUACCUUGCCAGAGCUGAGGUGGUCCAGAAGACUGCAGAGCCGUGCGACACCAAAGAAAUCUGCAACAGCACCGGGAGUUUUGUCUUCGGGGCAAUCACUUGCGUCACGGGCCUUCUGGGUGUGCUCAUCGGCGCCGCCACCACGCGCAUGUGCCGGAAGAAGACGGAGCGAGCGGAUCCCCUGGUGUGCGCUGUCAGCAUGCUGGGCUCGGCCAUCUUCAUCUGCCUUAUUUUUGUUGUGGCAAAGAAGAGCAUCACGGGAGCUUACGUUUGCAUCUUCAUCGGAGAGACGCUGCUCUUCUUGAACUGGGCCAUCACAGCCGACAUUUUAAUGUUUGUGGUUAUUCCCACGCGGAGAGCAACAGCGGUGGCAUUCCAGAGCUUCACCUCUCACCUGCUGGGUGACGCAGGAAGUCCAUACCUAAUUGGCCUGAUCUCCGACAGCCUUCGUGAGAGCUACGCGACGUCGCCGCUGUGGCGCUUCCUCAGCCUGGGCUACGCCCUCAUGCUCUGUCCCUUCAUCAUCGUCCUGGGCGGCAUAUUCUUCCUGGCCACCGCACUCUUCUUUCUGGAUGACCGAGAGAAGGCUCAGAAUCAGUUGAGCCAGCUCCCUCAGCCCUCCACCGCGGUGAAGGUGUGACCAGGUGACACCCGAGUGAAGAAGCAGCAGCCGGGAUGACAAAGCGGAGAUCAAAUUCAUAGGCAGCUGUUUUUUAAACUCCACCCUUGCGGCUCCUCCUCUUCACGGAUCCAUGAAAAUGCUUCUUGACUGGACUCGAGGGAGCGUCUGGCCCCUCCUUGGAGAUGCCUCUGAAAUCACAAGCUGGUGAGAAGGUGCACAGCGGCGUGCCAAAGCCUGCCAACUCGACAGCCGGUGUCCUCCUCGCCUCUUGUCUGUGAGGAUCCACUGAACUUUGAUUCCGAGAGGGAGGAGGUGAUCUCUGUGAGAUCUCCUGAUGCCAUACUACUGAAUGCUGACCACGAAUCUGCCCUGUCUGUCUGUCUGCUUGUCCGUCAGUUGGCUGUCAACCUGCACCAAGUGCCAUAGUGUCAUUACAUUCCUUCAGACUUUGCACUGACCACCCUCAUGACAUCACCACUGACUAUGUUUACACGCACCAUUCAGCCUUUCAUACAAAAAGAUAACACUUGUGCCCCCCGGCCCCGACCACGUUAACUUCCACCAUCUAAAGCCUGUAAACAGACCAAACACUGCAUACUUGAAGCAGAGCAACUUAACAAAAAGAUGGUGCAGUAAAACCUGCAAGUGCUCAUCUGGUCACGUGAUUUUGAGAUAAAGCAAAGGUGCUUUUACCUGCCACGUUGGCAAUACAAGCAAGGAUGUGCCGUGUGUGUAAACAUAGUCUUCACCCGAGAGCCAAAAAGUUGUUGUGCGUGGGUCAGUGAAUCAGCCUUAAAGCGCUCCUGUCCACAGAGCAAGCCAGCUGUUUCCGAUGAGCCUCAUAUGCAAAUCCUUUUGAGCUUUGAGCACUUAAAUCAGUGUGUGCCAGAGAACAUGACCAGGACGGGAGAAAGUUCAGAAAAAUAUUUUUUUUGCUACGUUUGUUUGUUUGUUUUUCUCCAUGUUAAAAGGAGGUUACUACUGCCUGUGAUAGUCGGAAGAGGGAUCAACAUGAUACAAUCUGGGUGGUUUGAAACAAACAAAGAAAAAAAGGACACUGGAUUAUAUAUUUUAUAAUUUAUUGUAUGUAUAUGUUUUACCCCAAAAGAUGGAUGGAAUUAUUAUUGUGACAUUGGGGAUGUAUAAAGUUGUGCUUUGAUGUACAUGGGAAGCAAUACUUGUAUUUUUUGUGGACGCUUUUUAGCCACACUGCCUUAUCAGUGAGCUGGCUUUCUCGCUCUCUUAAUUCUUGGUUUAGAAUUUCUGGACAAAAUACCACCACAGAGACUCUAGAUAGAGCUCAGUCCAGCCCACACUGGAUAGAAUAACAUCUUACCCCCCCCCCUCCCCCCACACCUAUAUUUUAGUGAUCUCAUGCCUUGACUAGAAAAGAACCUUUGACAUGACCUGCAGUCACAGCCAUUAGUUUAUUACUGAAGGAAUUCUAAAUCCCAGACAGGAAAAGGAAAUGUUCCAACAGAUAAGCGAGCAUCGCUAGCCCCCCCUCCCUCCCUUUUGUCCCAUGAGGAGAUUAAAGUCGAAAAAGUAUAUUUCAAAACGUGCAGUUCUACCACACACUGAAUGCACGAAGCUGCUGCUGUAGCCGGCCGCUCCAGCUUCCUGCUAGAUGCAAUUUUAGUGAAACCCGAACUGAAGCCACUGAUAACGAGUCCAGUUUUAAAACAGGUGCAUGCAAAAGAGAGAGAAAAAGCACUUUUCAGCCUUGCAAGGAAAUGGCAUGCUGAGGAAGAGAUGACCUAGGGGGAGAAAUAAAAGAGACGUCGCACGAGUCCUUGUGGCGCUGAAGUGACCGCAUGAUUUAACGGGCCCUGUGUGUGGGCCGUGUCCUUGGUCUCGGAUGAUUAGCUUUAGCUUCACUGAAUGUGACGGUGUCCAACCUGACGCGUUUAUACAUGUGCAUCCUCUUAAUAUACUAAGCUUCUUACCUUCUGUUCAUUUUGUUAUUCCUAAACGUGUAGCAAUCGUAAUAUAUUGUAAAGUGAUGGCUUGGAUGCAAUGUAUUUAUGAAUCAUCUGUAAAGGGAAUUGUUUGGUUUGUGUAAAUUACACUUUUGUAUUUCGUCAUUGGGUUUUGAGACAACUGCUUCUUCUUCCUUUUGUAUCGAAAUAGUACAAUUUUGCAUCACUAAAGCUAAACCUGUGAGCUUAUCUCACAUUUUACACACAGAAGGAACAUCAAAGUGAUGCUUCCCUUUGUGUGUGUGUGUGGGGGGGGGGGUUGUUGUUUGUUCGUUUUUUGUUUAAAGAACAAGUUGAACUAUUUUGCACAUUUAAUGUUCAGGGAUUUUAUUUCAAUCCAUGUACCUGCCUCUACCCUAGAGACCUUUUCAUGCUCAUAUCACGGCAUUUGUCACUAAGUGGGUCAUGAUUUGAUUUGCCAAAUUUAGUUGAUCUAGCACCAGUCCUUCAGUAUCUGUUGUAUUUAGUAAAUCUAUGUUAAUCAUCAUUGGGGUGAUGUAUCGAGACUGCACUAUUUCUUGUCAUACAAGAAUCCUGUACAUAAAGAAACCUGUUCUAUUUCUGAUGUUUGUGCAGAAAAAAAAGCUAAUUUUUAAUUUUAGGCAGGUUGACCCAAGAGAAGUGUGAACUGAUACUAUUCUAGAACUGAACUGUGAUGCUCCUGUCAGGGGUUGAUUUAAAAAAAUGAAAAAAUAAAAAAGUACACACCUGUAAUUCAAAUAAACCUAAAGUAUUUAAUCACCUUAUGUUUUCUUUG